AUUGUUUCAAAUAACACAGCACAGCUGACAUGUGAUCUCUUUCCAAGUUUCUUUUCCCUCACAGAUGACUUCCAGCUUGUUAUCCCUGAAAAAGGUGAAAGAGUUAAGAUUAAUCAUGGACCUGCUCUCGUUGUGUCGUGUCACUUGUCUCCUACAAUCAGUGCUGCUGACAUGGACAUUACCUGGUAUAGCGAGACAUCUGUUGUUUGCGCUUAUAAGAAUCGAGAGAUGACACAGGGAGUUGGCUAUGAGGAAAGAGCCAAUCUGUUCAUCCAUGACCUGAUGAGAGGGAAUGUGUCCUUACGAGUGGCAAACUUUACAGAGUCUGAUCUGGGAGUUUACAUGUGCCAGGUCACCAGUCAGAAUAAAACACAGCAGAUAACAGUCAAUGUAGCAGAAGAAGGUAAGCACUUCAUAACUCCUCUAAGGAUUUUAUGUACAUUUGAAGAUAUUAGUUGUGUAAGUCCAUCUUUUUCCUCAACAGAUUUUGAACUUGUUUUUCCCCAAACAACUAAAGAAGCAAAGGUUUCUCUGGGCUCCGAAUUAACUAUUUUUUGUUACUCGUCUCCUGAAAUCUGUGCCACUGCCAUGCAGAUCAGAUGGUUUAAGGUGACUGACUGUGUUUGUGUCUACAAGAACACACAAAUUAUUAAGGGCAGAGGUUAUAAAGACAGAGUUAGUCUCGACACUGGUGAGCUGGAGAGAGGAAAUGUAUCUGUACAUCUGAGAAACUUCAGUAUUUCAGAUGUUGGAGAUUAUCACUGUCAGGUCAGCAGUGGAGGCAGAACACAACACAUUAAUGUAGGAGGUGAGCAUUCUCUACUAUACCAAAUCUGUUAUCUUUUGCUAGAACAAGAAAUCUUUUACUUCAGUGUGACUAUUUCAUUCACCUUACAGACAGACAAAAUAUGGACCGAAGAAGAGACCAAUAAAAUGGAUGAAUCUGCUCUAAUGGCAGAGAUAAAUGUUAACAACGUACAAGAGCUUUACCGGAAAUUGAUAAGGGCUUACAAUAAAAGAAACUGAACAAGAGUUGAGAGAGACCAGGAUGGCUUAAUAUUUAACCUUCAUGAUCAGGUUUUACACAGAGACAGCCAAAAUCCUUUUAAACAACUUAGAAACGGUGUUGUCUAUUGCGUUUUUUGGAGAACUUGUUAAAUGCAUGUUAAUUUGAUGCUAAUUGAUGUUGUCUUGUCAUUAUGUGAUGAUGAUUAUUUAACUUUGACACAAAACUGUGUGAGAAUAUUUACAAAAAUUAUGCAA